AAGAGGGCGGGUGCCGGGGGGAGGGGAGUGGCGGCGGCGGCGGGCGGCUCCCGCCUCAGCCUCGGCAGUGGCGUCGGCGACGGCGGUGUCGAGGCAGCCGCCAGCGCUCCGCCGAGUGUCAGCCGGCAGCGACGGCGCUAGAGCUGGGAGCUGGGGACGCGCGCGCCGGACCUUCCACAGCCUCCGCCCAGAGCCUGAGGCGCCGGGGCCGGGGGAGCCAGGGGGCGGGCGGGAGAGCGGGCCGGGGGGAGGGUGGGGGAUGGCGCGGACUCCGCGGCCGGCCCCGCUGUGUCCUGGAGGCGGCAAAGCACAACUUUCCUCCGCUUCUCUCCUCGGAGCCGGGCUCUUGCUGCAGCCCCCGACGCCACCUCCGCUGCUGCUGCUGCUCUUCCCGCUGCUGCUCUUCUCCAGGCUCUGUGGUGCCUUAGCUGGACCAAUUAUUGUGGAGCCACAUGUCACAGCAGUAUGGGGAAAGAAUGUUUCACUAAAGUGUUUAAUUGAAGUAAAUGAAACCAUAACGCAGAUUUCAUGGGAGAAGAUACAUGGCAAAAGUUCACAGACUGUUGCAGUUCACCAUCCCCAAUAUGGAUUCUCUGUUCAAGGAGAAUAUCAGGGAAGAGUCUUGUUUAAAAAUUACUCACUUAAUGAUGCAACAAUUACCCUGCAUAACAUAGGAUUCUCUGAUUCUGGAAAAUACAUCUGCAAAGCUGUUACAUUCCCGCUUGGAAAUGCCCAGUCCUCUACAACCGUAACUGUGUUAGUUGAACCCACUGUGAGCCUGAUAAAAGGGCCAGAUUCUUUAAUUGAUGGAGGAAAUGAAACAGUAGCAGCCAUUUGUAUCGCAGCCACUGGAAAACCCGUUGCACAUAUUGACUGGGAAGGUGAUCUUGGUGAAAUGGAAUCCACUACAACUUCUUUUCCAAAUGAAACGGCAACGAUUAUCAGCCAGUACAAGCUAUUUCCAACCAGAUUCGCUAGAGGAAGGCGAAUUACUUGCGUUGUAAAACAUCCAGCCUUGGAAAAGGACAUCCGAUACUCUUUCAUAUUAGACAUACAGUAUGCUCCUGAAGUUUCGGUAACAGGGUAUGAUGGAAAUUGGUUUGUAGGAAGAAAAGGUGUUAAUCUCAAAUGUAAUGCUGAUGCAAAUCCACCACCCUUCAAAUCUGUGUGGAGCAGGUUGGAUGGACAAUGGCCUGAUGGUUUAUUGGCUUCAGACAAUACUCUUCAUUUUGUCCAUCCAUUGACUUUCAACUAUUCUGGUGUUUAUAUCUGUAAAGUGACCAAUUCCCUUGGUCAAAGAAGUGACCAAAAAGUCAUCUACAUUUCAGAUGUUCCAUUUAAGCAGACCUCUUCCAUAGCUGUAGCUGGAGCGGUAAUUGGAGCUGUUCUUGCCCUUUUCAUCAUUGCUAUCUUUGUGACUGUGCUGCUGACUCCCCGAAAAAAGAGACCAUCCUAUCUUGACAAAGUGAUUGACCUUCCACCCACACAUAAACCACCUCCUAUGUAUGAAGAACGAUCCCCACCUUUGCCUCAGAAAGACCUGUAUCAGCCUGAACACUUGCCUUUGCAGACUCAGUUCAAAGAAAGAGAAGUUGGCAAUCUUCAGCACUCUAAUGGACUAAAUAGCAGGAGUUUUGACUAUGAAGAUGAGAAUCCAGUUGGGGAAGAUGGCAUUCAGCAGAUGUACCCCCUUUACAAUCAGAUGUGCUACCAAGACCGGAGCCCUGGCAAACAUCAUCAAAAUAACGACCCUAAGAGAGUCUACAUCGACCCACGAGAGCAUUAUGUGUGAUUUUUCUCUUUUUCCAAUGGCCGUUAUAACAAAUGUUUAUUCUUAGAUUGGGGAGAGAAACUAAGGCCAAUAGUUGUUUUACUGUCUCUCAUAUAGAACAGUCCCACUCUAAGGGUAUUGGAAGUCCUAAUGAAUGACGUAAAGCCAAUAGCAAAUUUCUUUUCUUCAUUAAGGGUUCCUUAACCACCAGCUGUGUUUGUGAACUUGACUAUAGCUUUGUGUGUUUCUGUGACGAUGGUGUUUAACUGCUAACAUUUGGCCUACAAUGGCAUUUUCAUUUAACAGUACGGCAUCUGCCUGUGAUAACUGCAGUGAUUCUCCAGAAAGAAAGGCCCCAGCUGGUACUAUUAACCUCGUUGGGUCUCAGGCAUGCUAGCCUGUUCAUCUGUAAUUCACAUGGGCAUAAAAAUGAGUUCAAAAUCUAUUUCACUAAUUCUUUAGCUGGGAUUUGGAUUUCCCUGACAUACUUAAUACAAUUACAAUACCUGUGUACAAACAGAGGCCUGAGGAAAGAGGCAAAAUUUGUUUUUCAUCAAAACAGCAACAAAAGGCCGUUGAAACCUUCAAGCCUGUUGGUUGCUUUUAAACCCUUGUGUUAUUAUGAUAUAUAUUCCUUGUUGAACACUGAGGUCCUGAGGGAUACAUAUCUUUCUGUUUUCUGCCUACUUUUGACUAGCUGUAUGUAACAAAGGCUCUUCUUUUGCUCUGUCACUGUUCCUACAAUACUGUUCUUUAUUAGCUAGAUUAGCCUAUUUUGCACCUAUUAAAUUCUAAAAACCUUCUUUAAAUGUUGUACAGCCUUUAACCUUGUUCCUCUUUUCUCUAGUAUUGUACAUGACAGGCUCAGCUUUCACUUCUGAAAUUUCUUUCAAACGAAUCCCAGCCACAUAGUCUUUACCUUCCCUUCUGCAUUCUUCAGACUACUUAUCAUCCAUGUUUUAUCUACCUCAGAAAAGCCUGCUGGAAAGUCACCAUGUAAUAACUUCUGCUUUUAAAAGCCAGGUGAAAAUUUAGAAAACUUAAAAGAAGAGGCACUUCAAUGUGGCAUGUAUGUUAAACUGACGUGUUUUUUAUCCCUUCUCCCCUACUUUACCUGGUCACCAAGAGUCAAGAGAUGCUAAAAAGUAAAUAAUAUAAUGACUUGUCUACUGGGGUGUCCUGCAACUCUUUAGUGUCUGUAAAUGUCUGUCUUGAGUUUUCUCAUCUCCCUUUGCCAACUUUCCAUCCCUGAGAUUGACAGUAAUAAUUGCAAUGAGGUCAUUACAGACAGAGGUGGAAGGAAUGCAGUUUCACAUGAAUGUCCAUCACUUCUCUCACAUCUUAAGGAAAGCAUCUUACUUUGUGUUCUGGAAGAUUAGAGGUGUGUCAAAGGUAUAGAAAACACUACAAAGAGUGUUUAAGAAAGAGUGACAUAAGCAAUAAAAUACAUAAAGUAGUGUAUAUUUCCAACCUAAACUUCAAUGGUAGAGGAGAAUGUUAGCACAGAUUUCUAAUGAGAUGCCAAAGAUACGUUAUGAUUUAUGUUGUGCUGGCUCUAGUUCUUUUUUGUGUGUUUGUUUCUUUUUUCUAGUUGUCAUGCUUUAUCAAAUUAUCUCGGUAGUUCUACAGCAGAAAUAUAUUCUCCCCCAUUUACCCGAGUGACCAGCAACUCCGGGAGAAAGGAUGCUUAAAUUUCAACUCAAUGCUUUAGCUAGGUAAUGAGCAAUUUUAAAGUCUGUAGCUGUAAGGAUCAAAGGGUAAAUUCCAAGGACACCCAUUGCUACUGUGCUACUCAGAGUAGGAGUGUACUGCCCUUUGUAGCAAAGAAAAUAUUCAACUUUAUUAUUUGGAAGGCCAACGCUAAGUAACUGAAAGUGUAGGAAUCCUGGCAUUUGUUUUCCAAUAGGAGGAUGGCUGUGAUCAGAGCUCUGCUUGACAGGGAAGUGUUUCAUAAACACUGGAUGUUAUGGACACAAUAAGGUAGUACAUCAUCUCCUUUAGAAAGCUUCAAAAAUGUCAAUGCCUUGGGGAUGGUUUCCAGGGUAGGGUCCUGCUGGGAAGUAAAUUGUUGACUUAGUUUCACAAAAGCAUUCUAUAGACCCAGGGGAGUAGCUGCCUUCAUUUGCACCAGAGAAAGGGAUUUGGAAACACUGGUUCUCAGGAGCCCUGUGACCUGUCUUCAGCACCCUCCAUACUUUGAGGAACCCACUGUCUACCUUUUAAAAUUCUCAGUGUAGUUAUGGAAAAGAAAUUUCAGGAUGUAGUCUCACCUCUCCUGCAGCCAGUGAGUUCAAUUAUCUUCCUUGCCUUUGUGUUAGCUAUGAUACUUCUUUAACAUACUGGUAGAUGGUAUAACUCUUGGCCCUUUACACAGGUCAUAUAAGCUCUAUAAUAGCUUAUCCUGGUGCCUUCCAUCUGUUCUCUCUAAAAACUGGGCUAAAUAGAAAGCAGUUUUAAAAGGGUUUGAUCAACCAGCCCUCUCUACCAAAAACUGCCAUCCAAAAGUAGCCUGUUGAUCUCUAAAUUUGGAGCCUAGACUACUUGACGAUGCCAUUUAAAUUUGGAAGUUAGAUUAUUAAAGGUCAGUGAUUGGGGUUUAGGGAUAUAAUCCGCAGCUGAUAUUAGAUACUCUUCCCAUAAAUUGUUUAGUAAAACACUCUGAAACAGAAAUAAAUCCCCAGAGCACUUAUCUACUUAUGGUUGCAACUUUGCAUUUCUGGUGGGGGUGUGCAUGCUUACCUUAAAUGCACAGCCUUUAUUGCCUGUUUUGUAGGCAGCCCAAGCUCCAGGAGUGUGCAUUGUUGCUACAGUAGCAGAUCACCAUGUUCUUUACACACCACAUGCAAUGGUAUAAGAAGUCCAUGCUCUUUGGGGCAUCUAAUAGAAAAUUCUUACCUGGGCUAGGCUUCUGUGUAACAUGUGCAUAAUAGAUACUUAAGAAAUGUGCUGAAAACUACAAUGAACUGGUUUCCCCAUUACUUUCCUAUGAGCUUGUUUACUAAAAGGGACAAGAUAGUUUCUUCGUCCUGCUAUUGCAAAUGAUUUCCUAAGACCUCUUUCACAGUAGUCUAAAAUUCACAGUAGAGCCUUCCUUUAAGCCUCAUUCCCUGGAGUUUGGAAGAUAGACCAUUUACCAAGAAUCAGAAGAAAAGGUACUCCCAGCUUCACCCCUUUCUAGCCAUUGAAACAGGCAAGUCACGACCUGUCUGGGGUAUCAUUUGCAACCUCUCAGAAUUGUGAGAGUUAAAGAAGAUGAUAAUGGAUGGGGAAUUGGAGAAUUGUAAUUUUCCUUCAAAAACUGACAAAUGCCUAUUACUCUAUUAUCUUUGCAUAUUGAACCUAAAUGUCCAGGGUCCUUGCCAGUAUUGAGAGUACUGUAGUUUCUUUAGGGAUUACCAAGUGGCAAAAUGAAAAAUUCAGUUUGAUUGAAUUCACGUAUAGCCAAGUCCAAGUUAGAGAGAUUCCUUUCACUAUAACAAAUAAUUGUCAUGUGAAAAGCUUUUUAUCUGAAUCUUAGCUGCUUAGGCUUUAGCUAGAAUUGAAAAUGCAUGUUACUAUUACCAGUAUUUACUCUUAUUUUAAAAAUUACUACUAAUAGCAAGUAACAUUAUUGAGUAUGUAAUAUGGAUUGGGUUCUAGGGCAAGUACCUUACAUGAAUCAUCUCAAGGAAUAGAACCAGACUCCUGUUUUGCCCUCUUCCCAGGAGCUCCUGUGGGGAUAGACAGGCUCAUACUCCCCUACUGUACAAUCAUAGGGUAUGCUGAGCAUCAUUUGGCUGUUACUUCUUUCACAUCUGCUUUUGGGGAGUGGGGAGUACAUUUACAUUAUUUUUAAAGCAGAGAUAUAAGAGAGUAUAUGGAAUAAAACCAUAAGAAAUGUUUAUUGACAAAAGCAAGUACAUAUGCUCAAUUUUUUUUUUUUUUUUUUACUUUACUAUGGGUAAUCCAAAUGCUCAGACUCUCAUAUUCAUUAGAUUACCCAUAGCUACAAAGACAACCAACCAAAUAAUUAUAACCACUCCAUCUCAGUUGGCUCAGUUUUAGUGGGCACAGACUUCUCUCUAACAUCUCUCCCUCAAUUUAGUUGUUCAAUAUGCUCAUUGCUCUGUGUGUUUCACCUUUAUUGAACUCCCAGGAGUGGCGACACUCCUAUGCUGGACAACUGGAAAGAAGCCAAAAAGGCAGAAGAAUAGAAAAACAUCAAAUAGAAAUGUCACAGUCCCCACCCAUGGCUCAGCUCUGUGGUUCUCUUCUUCCUGUGUUUGGCUGACAAGGACCUUCCUUCUUUCUGAAGUCAUUUGCAGACCUUAUAGCAGGACGAGGGACUUUCAUCCCUGUUAAACUAGAAGCUGCUAUUUGCAAGCUUAUUUCAACUGUAGACUAUCACUGGAUUAAUAUUGUUAUAUCUAUAAAAGUAUUGAGUUUCCUCCGCUAGAGAAAAUUAUAACCUGGCCUUUGCCAGUUUGGGCACUCACAAUUAUUAGGUUGUUUUGGUAGCCUUCAGUAGAUAGAAAUGUGUGAGGGCUAUAGGUCUCCCAACCUCACCAGGUGAUACUUUACACUGAAAUCAGGUCUUAGACCAAGUGCUGUCAUGUGUUUUUAUGAGCAAGCAGGCACUAGAACAGUCAUGCAACCUGUCCUGUAAGCUUGAAAAAGUCCCAAUUCUGUCCUUCUGUGCAACCCAACAUUAUCCUACCUGGAAGAGUUAUUAGAAGUGAAUCCAGCAAUAUUCUAGCAGAUUCAGUCAGCCGAGUCAAUUCUUAGUUUCACUUCUAAAAGAGUAAGUUAGAAAUCCCAAACUGCUGGGCUUGUCAGAUUCUUAUAUACUGCUCGUGGAAGGGCUAGGGUGCCCUACAAUAUUUGGGCCAAUCCACAUAUCUUUAAUGCCAUUAAUUUGAUCAUUGGAAAUAUUUACUUAUUAACAGUCUGUGUUAAGCUACAGAUAAAGCUUUUGUGGUAGUGUCUGAAGUGACUAGAGUUUUUUUCAAAUGCUAACAGCCCUGAAGUUGUAUUCCCAAUUAGGAUAUGUCAGAUGUUAAGCAAGCACCCCCAGAGUAAGUAUUAUGACUGAUUAACAUAUGCCAAAAUAAUUUUUAAAAAUUAUAUCAAGUAUAACAGAACUUGUUAAAGAUUUCACAGGUUAUUAUACCUUCACACUAGGGUGGAGUGGAGCUCUUUUAAUACUCUACACUGCUGCAUAGAGUUGAACUGGCAUUUAUCCUUAGUGACAGAUAGCCUGUUCUUUCUUAAGGGUGUGUGUGCGCGCACAUGUGUGUGCGCACAUGUGUGUGCAUGUGUAAGACAGCAAGAAAUGUCUACUUAAAAUUUGCAGCUCACAAAAACAUUUUGCAGUUCACAUGUACAAGAGAAUCCCACCCCUGCAACCUUCUCUCAAUACUUGAAACAUUAGGUUACUUCUAUGUUUUUUUCUUCUAUGUUUGUUAUUCUUCUCUACUCAAGGUUUAAUAUGACUGUAGAAGUUUGAAGCAGAGUAGACUAAAAAUAAAAGAGAACGUAAACAAUUCAGAAGAACAUCGAAAAUUUUGUCAUACGUUUUCAAUUGGGGCAAUGACAUAUAAGUUCCCUCUGGGCCUCAGGGAGAGAGAAAACUACCAUUGACAAAUAAAAACAUUCUCCAUUCCGUUAGUUAUGAAUAAAUCAAUUCCAUUAAUCCUUCCCCCAGAAUAUUCUAGUCAGUGUUUGGGGGCUGAAGUUAUGAUAUAUAUCAAAUGACAUGCCUCCCUGCAUCAAAAAGUACUAGUUACAUUCUGUUGUCUUAAAAGCUGUGAGGUUUAGGAUUAACUUCCAUAAUUUCAGAGGAAUAGAUAUUUUGAAUAUUGUUGCCACAUAUAUUUAUGGAAAACAACAUUUUCGAGUUGAAAAUGGGCAGGGUACUGUCCCCUAAAUGGUCCCAUUCUGUAGCUGUGUUUACAGCUGCCACUAGCACAUGAUUUCUAGAAGAGGCAUAUCAGCUGGACCCAAGGAGAUACACUCAUGGACUUAAGAUGAUUAGAUUAUAAAUGCCAUCCCACACAAUCUUUAAUAAACAAAACCCAGGUGAGCUAUAUCAUUCUUUUGCUGCAGUGAAAGAUGGGAAACCAAACAGUUGUCCUCUUGUGGUUUUUCCCAGCAAUACAAUUUAUAAAGUUCCUAUAAUCAGGUGCCCUAUGACCCAGCAGGAUCCUUGGUACCAUGACCUAAAUUGGUUGUAUUUAUUAUCCUAGUAUGGAAUUUGACUGUGAAAGUUGAUUAGAGACCUUGAGGGAAAGCCUCUCUGGAGAUCCAGAACAUCAGAUUUGCUAUGCUGGCUUAGAACUGUGGCCUAUCCUACUACAGAUGUGUCUGUCAGCCAUGAAGAGAUGUUUUAUAUGUCUCUUCCAGAAGUUAAUUUCCCCUAAUAACUCACAGCAGAUCUAUGAAUACCAGAGUUGUACAUGAUUUUCCAAGUGAAUGGGCGCCAUUGUUUUGGUUUUAAAUACCCUUUCCAGUAAUGACUGGUAUUUUUAAAAAACCUACCCUAGCAUGUUGAUCAGGCUAAAUUAAGUUCCUCUCUCAAGCUUUAUUGAUGGCUCAGUGCUUAUUAUAUUUUAACUAGAGGUAACAGCAGUUUGUCCUAAAUGCAUUAGUUUGCACUUGUCCAGGUUGUAGCUCUUUUAUGCCUCUGCUUUUUCCCACAAGAUCUUAUGAGAACAUAUUGCAUAUAUUCCCUUCAGCUGAGCAUUUCAAUACCCAGACAAGUGUUUGUCAUUUUAGGCCUCAUUGCAUACUUGAAAUUCCAAGUCCUUUUUAAAAGAAAUGUUAAGUAGCUGGUGUUGCUACUAGGUCCCUGGAUUAUCCCACUUGUCCAUCCAUAAAAGUUCCUGUUUAUUCUCUACCUCUGUUUCUAUUUCUAAGUCAAUGCUUUAAGACAUAACAUCUGCUCCAGCCUAUUCACUAUCCAUGUGGUUUUAAACCCUUAACUUCUUUACUUCUUAGCUUCAUCCUUCUAAGUGCUCUCUACCUCACAGGGGUUAAUGAGGGGGGAAAAAUAAGAUGUUUAAGGGUUGUUUUAAGAGAGAGAUCCUUCUUUUAAAGUGAUUUUAUCAAAGCCCCUUGGGUUAGAAAUGAGAAAUUCUAUAGCUAUUUUUUUUUCCCUAUUCUCAUUUUGCUGUUUUUAUUUCUGAAAAGUGAUCUGUCUGAAAAGAGCCUUAUAUCUGGUUUUAACUUCUCAUUAACCCUUUUCACAGUGAAAUCUCUACCUUAUCCAUGCUCUGAACUUUUUAUUUAUGGAGCCCAAACUAAUUUUCCCACAACAAAUCCGAUAUACUUUUACUUCUAUCAUUAAACAAAUUAAUGUCCUCCACAAAGAAAUAUCUUACUCUUCUUACAAGAAGUCAGAAGCUAAUAAGGUCUCACUCUGGCCCUGGCAAGAUCUCACAGUGUGCCUUGGUUCUCCCUGUGUAAACUGAGGUAAUCCGGCUAUUCCCCAGCACCCAGGUGUUGUGAGUCCUAAUAAAUGGUGAAAAGCAUUUUGCAAAUGUUCUGUACUAUAUAAAUGCAUAGUGCCUAAUAUGGAGAGUCUUCAAGCAGAAAUGUGCUCUAGCUCAAUUCAGAAUACUAAUUCACCCAUUGUUUUCAAAAGAAAUGUUUCACUAACCUGCUUUUUUUGUUUGUUUUUGUUUUUGUUUUUUGUAAAAUUAGUUUCUAGUCAUUUGAACUAUUUUUAUUUUGGUGGGUAGAAGUGAUCAAUAGUAUAUAUUCUUGCUUGUUAGAGAAUACCCAAGUUGUAUUGUUAAAUGUUAAAACAAUGGGGUUACAUUACAGUGUAGUUGGAUAGGGAGGAAGAUUCUAGCUCAAAGUUUGCAAAAUACAGAAAUACAAAGAUUAGCUUUGAAUUAGAGAUUGUAUUAUAAAUAGUAGAUGUUAAUGUGGUGGUUUCUAGAUAUAUACUUUAUUUUUAAGUUACAAGAAAUUGUCUUUUAUUUUUGCAGUUUUGAACUAUAUGGUUCUUUAUAUGUUUUGAAUAAAGUUUUUAUCAACUAA